UUGAAUGAUUUUCUGAUUUUGUUAGAAAUUAGUAGGAUCGUUUUUAUCUAGAGGGAUUUGACCAGCACACCACAUCUCAGCUUCAAAUAUGAAACAAAGGUGCUGUGGUCAAUCUUGAUGAAUAGUAGCUUGAACAUGAAGAUCGACUAGUUUUCCCAUAUGCUGGAGAAGAAUUUUCAUGUUUUGGAUUUCUAAGUUUUUUUCUGUUUUGACGUGAAGCGCUUGGUGAAUUUUGCUUUUUUAAGUUAAUGCAUUGUUGCAGAUACACUGAUUGUAUUUGAAAAAAAGGACCUACAGAUUUUUGUUUCGCCUUUUAUUUACCAAUAUUAUUACUGUAGAUUGAAGUGAAGUCAGUUGGUGACCAACAUGUAUCUUCUGAGAAGACAAGCUCAAAAACCAUCCCCAGAGGAUGAUUCUGCACAAAAAGAUGCAAAGAUCAAAGAACUCAGGGCUGCACUUGGCCCCCUGUCUGGACGAAAUCUGAAGUACUGCACUGAUGCAUGCCUUCGGAGAUAUUUGGAAGCUCGGAGCUGGAAUCUUGAUAAGGCGAAGAAAAUGGUGGAAGAGACACUCAGGUGGAGGGCAACUUAUAAACCUGAAGAAACUCGUUGGCAUGAAAUAGCACAUGAAGGUGAGACUGGAAAAGUGUCAAGAGCAAACUUCCAUGAUCGACUUGGGAGGACUGUGCUUAUAAUGAGGCCAGCAAUGCAGAACACAAACUCACCUGAAGGUAAUAUCCGCCAUUUAGUCUAUCUUAUAGAAAAUGGUAUCCUCAACCUUCCUGAAGGUCAAGAACAAAUGUCGUGGUUGGUUGACUUCUCUGGAUUCUCGUUGAACACCAAUGUCUCAGUCAAGACAGCCCGUGAUAUUAUUUACAUUCUACAGAACCAUUACCCCGAGAGGCUUGCGGUUGCAUUUCUUUAUAACCCACCAAGGAUUUUUCAGGCGUUCUGGAAGGGUGUCAAGUACUUCUUGGAUCCCAAGACAUUUCAGAAGGUGAAGUUUGUAUACCCCAAAGGUAAAGAAAGUGUAGAGGUCAUGAAGACAUUCUUUGAUGUUGAAAAUCUUCCGAGCGAGUUCGGGGGUCAAGCCACCCUAAAGUACGACCAUGAGGAGUUUUCACGAAUGAUGGCCGAGGAUGAUGUGAAAACUGCCAAGUUCUGGGGAUUUGAUGAGAAGCCUUGCCACAUAAAAAAUGGGCUUUCGGGAGCAGAGGUGGUGCUGGGGCCCUCCCCCAUUGCACCUAUAGCUAGCUGAGCACCCUGCCUAAUGCCCAGAACAGUAAGAAUCACAAAAAUCAUACGAUGAGCAGGAGCUGAACUUAUAUAUAGAAGUUUAGUUUCAAUUUCUGAAAUGAGGACUGGAAUGUUCAUGAUUCAGUUCCUUGAUGCGGGUUAAUAAACAUGCGAUCUACUGUGCUUAACUGCUAACCAUGAGGGAAAUAGACAAACCUCCGUGUUGUUUUCCUGAUGUUCUCACCCUAAACUUACACUGUAAUAUGUUUCUUCUAUUUUUUCAAUGCAUCUUUUAUUCCCUCUUGAUUUAAGAACUUUGUUGCCAACUGCUUCAAAAUUUCAUUUCGAUUACAACGCAAAACUUAAGCAUGGUGCAUUCAGGUCAUA